UCAUGGGGCCCCCGGGCAAUAGGGGAUCAUGGGGCCCCUGUGUCCUUGCCCAAACUCAAAAAAGCCUAUGAAAAAGGUAACUGGGGCAUCUCAUGGGGCCCCCUACUGCCCCCGGGCCCUCGGGCAGUGCCCGAGUUUCCAAAUGGUCAGUCCGCCCCUGGUUCCCCCUAUACCUACAUGGUGCAUAGGGGCUAUGACACCAUAAUGACAACUUUUCAGGGGAGGGUCAGAAAUGCUCUGCACUCACAGUAUGUCUUGAGUCUUUCCAUCCUGAAUAACACUGGCUGGGAUGAGCCCAGAAUAUUGAGAACA